AUGGUCGUUACAAGUCUUAAGAAUUUUUCCCAUGUACGUCCCUUGAUAACUACAGCAAUCGUUUUAUGGAUCUGCAUAAUUAUCUAUUUGAGUUUCAAUUUCUUCAAUCUGGAAAGUAGUGAUCAGCAAAGUUUGGCUUGUCAAACCUUACUGGAUGUAAUUACUGGUUUAAAAUCGCAAGUCGAUAUCGGGUCGGCAAAUUUAAGGAUAUUUCUUACGUCGUAUCACGCUAAAAAUAAAAAAGAAAAUACCAUUGUAGACAGAGUUGGGAUACAUGGUAUGUCAUAUGAAAUCUUACGCCGUCGUGCUUUGCAGUAUGCUCGUGAAGUCAAGUAUAGUCUUGUUCAACUUGAUAAUGUGAAUGAGAAAAUAAAAACUAUCAAAAACUCCUCUUUAAUUAAACCGUUAAAAGAAGUGCAAGUCUCAGUGGAGCGAUUAAAAAGUCAGUUACAAGAUAUUUCAUUAUACUUACACGUUGAUAUUGAUGGAAUUGGACGAGUUGACGGUGUGUUGGAAUCACGAAUGAAUUAUCUGGAAUAUUUAUCAAAUGAACUUCAAAGUGAAUUAUUCCAAUUGCAGAAUCCCUCAAGUUGUACAAAAGCUAAAUAUGUGGUUGCCUCGUUAAAUAGACCUUGUGCAUUCGGUUGUAAUGCCCAUCAUUUAAUGCAUUGUUUUCAAAUGGCCUAUGCAACUGGGCGUACAUUAAUCUUGAAUCCUACUGAUGGGGAGGAAUACACACAAUGGUGGAUAAAAAACUUUUUGCCAUUAUCUCAGAAAUGCAGUGUAAAUGACAUUCAGUCAAAUAUCCAUUCUGAUUUUUUUGCUGGGAAGGCGUUUAAUACCUAUCAAGCAAUCACGUGUCCGCACAUAGACACAAUAAGCUCUUCAUUUGAUUGGAUCCCUCAAGCUGUUCCCAGCCAUUUGAGCAAAUUACUUACUCGUUUACAUGGUGCCCCAUUUGUGUGGUUCAUUGGUCAGUUGGGUAAAUUUUUAAUGCGUCCAUCAUUUAACUUCACUGAAGAAUUUAAAAUAUUCGACGAUCAAUCUGAGAAUCCAGUUGUUGGUAUUCAUGUCCGACGUACGGAUAAAAUAAAUACUGAAGCGAGUUUUCAUAGUUUAGAAGAAUAUAUGACUGAAGUUGAGAGCUAUUUCCAAUUCAUAGAUGCCAAACGUCAAAUGAUGUCUAGAACUGAAGAGUGGAGAAAUGACAUCAAAUCGCCGUUUCGUCAUAAUGUAUAUCACCAAUUGAAAUCAGUACAACGACGUGUGUAUAUAGCUACAGACGACCCUAGUGUAUUUGAUGAGGCUAAAUCAAAAUAUCCCAACUAUAUAUUUUAUGGUAAUCGUGGACGUGCUAAUUCAGCUUCUCUCUUCAGCCGAAAAACUGAAGAUUCUAUUAUGGGUGUGGUAACUGACGUGUUCGCUUUAUCAAGAACGAAUUAUUUAGUUUGCACUUUUUCUUCACAGGUUUGUCGAUUAGCUUACGAAUUGAUGCAGUCUAAUCAUUUAGAAUUAGGUGAUGCAAGUCAACAAUUUCGUUCAUUGGACGAUAUAUAUUACUUUGGUGGACAACAAGCCUCACCAUAUGAAGUAUUAAUAUCAAUUAACGAACAUGGUUUAUCUCCUGGUGAUUUAGUCCACUUCCAUGGUAACCAUUGGAAUGGUUACGCAAAGGUUGAAAAAUUGAAUACUAAUCGUAAAGUAAUGGCACCAGCAUUUAAAUUCUCUUCAAGAUUAUUAACUGCUCCUAUGAUCGGUGCACAGGGAAAUCGGUCUGAAUUGAUUAUUGAUUAUAAAUAA